UUUUUCUCAAGCCACUCAGGACGCCUUUUCAGCUCAGGGGUGUCGACGUUGCCAUGGCGCUCAAAUCCGCUGUGUUCGCUUGCCUCAACCUUGCAUUGUGCGUGAGCUGCAACGACAUCAUCAUCGGCCGCUCCGCCGAGCCCCGUGGCAAGGAGACUGAGAAGAGUGGAGCGCCCUUCCUCCCCCGGUCCGAGCACCUUGGCAAGGAGACUGAGAAGAGUGGAGCGCCCUUCCUCCCCCGGUCCGAGCACCUUGGCAAGGAGACUGAGAAGAGUGGAACGCCCUUCCUCCCCCGGUCCGAGCACCUUGGCAAGGAGACUGAGAAGAGUGGGGUACCGGUCGAGAAGGUUAUAUAUCCCGAUCCGCUGAGCCCCGUGGCAAGGAGACUGAGAAGAGUGGAGGGUUUUGGUUUCCAUGAUUUACGCCAACAGGGCGACCUGCAUGCUUCGCCACCAGGGCGACUUGCAAACCAGUACUUGCUUCGCCACCAGGAUGGCGACUUGCAAACCAGUACUUGCUUCGCCACCAGGAGGGCGACUUGUAAAACAGUGCUCCUAGCAGAUGCUUUUGUUAUUUAUCAUUGACAAGGUGUGUAGGUGGCAAGGUUUCAGGGUGUCAAGUAGGAAUAGAAUAGGACAUUGCUUCAAUAGAGCGUUCAUGCCAGUGAGCCUUCAAAAGCUUGACGCUCAGUGCGAUAACAGAAGCCUUCCAAAAACUUGAGAAGACUAGCGCCAACAAGGCGCACCGCACAAAUCUUUUUCACUCCAUUUCGUCCCAAGUUUGGAUUGCUGUGCCACUUACAUCGCAUUUAGGUUAACAAAGCAUGGUUAUAUAUCAACAAGUUCAUGAACGGCCGUUUGGGCAUGGUACUUGCGGUAGUGAAAGAGGUUUGAGAUUGAAACAGAUGUGAUGUUGUUGCGAAGUCUUGUGAUGAACACGCAAUUAUUAUUGUUUAAAUGGUCUUCUGAUGAGUCUGACAAUAUGUGGGUGGUGGGGCACAUGGGGUGCUCACUCUAGAUUCUAAAACUUUUGCAAAGAUUUAUAUAUAUGUGUUUUUCUCUGCUGAUUUGUAUGCUAGUGUGUGCGUGUGUUUUAUGCGGUAGUAUGCUGUGAUGUGUUGUGCUAUUUUCUGCUGAAUAUUAUGCCGAAUGUUUUUGAAGUGGUAGUAUGCUGUGCUGGUUUGCAUGCUAGUUUGAAUGUAAACUUGAAUGUAUUUGAAGCUUCACCCAUAGUUGAUUAUGAACAUGAUGUUGGUUAUCCGCAUGAAUUCAUAGAAUCUGUUAAAUUUAUGUUGCAA